AUGGUGUAUAAAUCUAUCUUCUUAGGGAUAUCAGUAGGUGUAAAUACAACAAAUCCUUCUUUAGACAUUUGCAUAGCAAUUAAUGAUGGGCUAUUCUCGCUCGGUACGAAAUCGUACUCGUUUCCAAUUAUUAACAGCACAGGAGAAAAACUGCGAUCUCCUCUUAUAACGCCUGAGCUAAUGCAGGCACCAGAGACAAAUGAUAGUAUGGAAAUGGAUGAAAUAAGAGGGUUUUACAUAUCAAUUGAAAAAAGAAUCUGCUUGCCUGCAUACUUCACUGCACCAACAGACGGAAUUACCCGGCACAUGCCUAAAUCGGGUUUAGAGGAAGAAUUGGCAUUAGACUGUGCUAAGUGCUGUAGAGGAAGUACAGAGACAGAGUUUAAACAAGAAAUUCCAAGAGAGUGCGUGCGCUUUGCUUCUAGAGCACCGCCGCUAAUACGGGACGGCGAGUUAAUGCUUAAAGGCACAAUGCCAAAGAACUAUGUGGCAGUUGAUAUGUUUAAGGAAGAAGUGUCGUCUGCUCUUAUUAAUGUCUUAAUAGUAACACUGGACAAGUGGCUGGGAGAAUAUACAAAGGGGAAUGCAGUGAAAAUUGUUGGCCUUGGUUUUGCUUCAAGAAUACUUAGUCAUAAUGAGCUUGGAGACAAGAUAAAGUCAAUUCUUUGGAAUAAGUAUGAUAUUCUUCCGUGCUUCUUUCCAAGUGACUGUGUUACACAAAAGAAGCAGUCGGAAUUUCUUGCAAGAAAGUGUGCCUCACUCUUUCCAAACAACAACUUGUCUGUGCUUACAAUAGGAGAGAAUAACAAAGUAAUUGUAGAUUCUGGGUAUAUUUGGUACUGCUCAGUUGAGCACUACCGGCCAUCAAUUGGUGAAAAAAGCUAUGAAUUUAUGCUGGAUUUGCUGAAGGAGUCAGAAUCAAUGGCAGAAAACAACCAAAAAAUAACAUUCUUUAGCUCUACAGCACAGGGCGGCGGGGUCGCUUUAAUGAGGCAUUCUCUCAUUCGGUACUUACAGAUUAUUAAUGUUGAUGCUGAGUGGUACGUGUGUACUCCAAGCAGCUCAGUAUUUAGCAUAACAAAAAUGAAGGUGCACAAUGUCCUACAGAAUGCAUUUAAUAACAGUGCACACACUAAAAGUGAGCUAGAAGAAAAUGCAAGCAGCCCAGAUGAAACCAUUUGGCUAAGUGAUACGGAUAAAUCAAAAAUAGACAACUGGAUAGAAACGAAUUACGCAGAGCACUGGAAAGAGCGAAUUAAAAAGAGUACUGUUGUGGUUUUAGACGACCACCAGGUCUCUAGGCUUGCACAGCUAAUAAAGCGAGACUUUCCCAAUAUACUAAUAAUAUACAGGUCGCAUAUACAGAUCAGAACAGAUCUCAUGGGAAGGAGUACGGAUAAACAGAAUCUUACAGCAAUUGAUAACCUGUGGCAGUUUAUGUGGGAAAGCCUUGUGCAUGUCGAUUAUUUUGUAAACCACCCGUUCAAAGAGACUGUACCAGCAGAUGUGCCCGAGUCUAAAGUAUUAUUCCAGCCAGCAGGUACAAACCAGCUAGACGGACUGAACAAACCACUCAGUCUGCUUGCUAAGACGUAUUACCAAAGGCUGUUCAAUCAGAUUUGCAUAGAUAAUGGUGAGAAUCCAGUUGAUUUUAAUCGGAGAUACAUUGUGCAGGUGGCUAGAUUCGAUCCAUCCAAGGGGAUUAAUGAUCUCUUGGAUGCAUAUUAUGGCCUUUUCUGUGCGUAUAAAAAAUCCUUUCCAGAAAAGGAAUUUGACAUUGGCUUAGUAUUCUGUGGGCACGGCAGUGUAGACGACCCAGAAGCAAAGACAAUUUUUCAUGCACUAAGUAAAAGGCUUGAAGCAAACAAAUUUCAGGAGAUCAGGCACCUUAUUACAAAGAUUUCUCUUCCCCCGGUUGAUCAGCUUCUGAACUUAAUCCUACAAAAUGCAUACAUCUCCUGCCAGCUAAGUAUUGCUGAAGGGUUUGAAGUGAAAGUCACUGAAGCCCUAAUGAAACAAGUCCCAGUAAUUGUGUACAAUGUGGGAGGGCUUCCAUUGCAGGUUAAAGAUGGCGUUAAUGGGUACAUAAUUCAAAAGGGAAAUAUUUCAGAAGUUACCUCUCGCUUGUUUGAUCUUCUUACAGAUGAGUCACACUAUAAGCGUAUUAAAGAUGGAAUAGCACCAAAGGACUUUAUAGGAAUUACAACACCAUUUCAAGCACUUUUCUGGUUAAAAAUGAGCAACAGAGAAGUGGCAAAGUCCCAGCGGUUUUAUAAAGACUUUGCUAAAAAGUAUCUGAAUUAACACAGUUAAUAUUUUGAUUUAAUAAACAAUUGAAUGUAAAAAAUAAAAAGUGUCCACUGUUCUACAUAAAAAUGAACACGUUCCUUUAUUUGAUAACUCUGAAAUAAAUCAAAAUUAAACAAAAUAAAAAAACACCAAGCACUCUCCAUUCAUUACACACUUAAACCAACAAACAAGCCAAAUACAAUUAAUACAACAAAUCAAUCAAAUACCGCAUGUUAUAAUAGCACAAACAUACAAUUUCACAUAAAUAAUACAAUAUUUAGUAAGCCCA